AUUUUUAAAUAAAAUAUAAUGUUAAAAGUGAUAGUAUUAGUAGCGGUACUUGCGGCGGCAGGUGCCAAAGUGCAACAAGAUGUCACAUCACAACAGAUUAUUACGUUUAAGCAGAAAACGGGGAAACCCAUAGGUGUAAUGACUGCGAGUGCGGGAGCGCCUAUAGAAUACAAAGAAGCCACAAAUACAUUAAACUCACCAUUGCUCUUCAACGAAUACUUCAUGGACUCUCUCACCCAUUUAGUGCGGGAGAGGAUCCCAGAACGCCUAGUCCACGCCAAGGCCGGAGGCGCCUUUGGGUACUUCGAGGUCACCCAUGACAUAACCGACAUCUGCAAAGCCAAAAUGUUUAGUCAGAUAGGAAAGAAAACUCCCGUAGCCGUCAGAUUUUCUCCAGUUGUCGUUGAGCGAGGAGGAAUAGACACGUCAAGAGAUGCUAGAGGAUUUGCCAUUAAAUUUUACACAGAAGACGGCAAUUUCGACAUCGCUGGAUUUAACACGCCGAUCUACGUUUAUAAGGACCCACUAUUAUUUACAGCUUUCGUACGAUCUCAGAAGCGUAAUCCAGCCACCAACCUAAUGGAUGUUAACAUGCUUUGGGACUACCUAACUCUAAGACCAGAAGGUUUAUAUAUGUUUUUAUUCGUUUUUGGAGACCGUGGAAUCCCUGAUGGAUACCGACACAUGCCAGGCUUUGGUGUUCACACAUACCAAGUUGUCAACAAGCACGGCGAGUCUACAUUCGUUAGAUGGCACUUUGUACCUGAUGCGGGAAUUAAAAAUUUACGUUCAGAAGAGGCCAGCAGAAUUGCAGCACAAGACCCCGACUAUGCUACUAGAGAUUUAUAUAAUGCGAUCGCCAAUGGUAACCCUCCAAGUUGGAAAGUCAGCAUUCAAGUUUUAACACUGGAAGACGUCAAGAAAGCUGGCUUUGAUGUUUUUGACGUCACCAAAGCUCUUCCUUUAGAUGACUAUCCUUUGAAACCAGUGGGUAGAUUUGUUUUGAACAAAAAUUCCAUUAACUACUUCGCUGAAAUCGAACAAUUAGCGUUCAGUCCCACAAAUCUGGUACCGGGAAUACUUGGCGCCCCCGAUAAAGUAUUUGAAGCUAGAAGAAUGUCUUACAGGGACGCUCAAUAUUACCGCUUGGGGGCUAACUUUAAUAAAAUACCCGUAAAUUGUCCUAUUCAAACACAAGCAUUGGCUUAUAACCGAGAUGGCAGACCUCCACUCAAGGAAAACGAUCGUGAUAUUCCUAACUACUUUCCUAAUACUUUUAACGGUCCUCAACCGUACAAGGAUCCGAAAAGACCGCAGUUGAUAGAAAUAUACCAAGACCUACCAAACAAUUUUGACCAAGCGACUGAGUUGUACACCCAAGAGAUGACAAAAGGCGAGCGAAGUAGAUUGGUUGAAAAUAUCCUGUUCAGCUUGGGUGGGGCCGCGAAAAAUCUGCAAGAUCGGGCGGUGAAAUUAUUUACAGUUAUACAUCCAGAUUUAGGUGGAAGGAUUCAGAAAGGCUUACUGGCUAAUAGAACGCAAUAUUAUGAUGAUGACUACGAUUACUAACUACUACAAUACGAAAUAAA